ACGAAACGCCCCCUCUCCACACCAAUUGAAGGCAGCUGCCGAUCUCGUCAGUCGCCAACAUGCCUCAGGAUAUGCCCCCAGCCGGGGGCUACCGGCAAGUGCAGUAUAAGCGCAACGUCCCCGCCCGUGGUUUCCGACCCAUUACCUACCUCGUUGGCAUGCACCUUUUCAUGGCCUACGGAUACUACAAGCUCUUCCACGGUAUUCGGGAACAGAACGAGCUUGCCCGUGAGAAGAUCUGGGGUCGUCUACACAUCCUCCCUCUCCUCCAGGCUGAGGAAGACCGCGACCAGGCUCGCCGAUACUUCGCCGACAAGGCGCGCGAGCAGCAACUGCUGGGAGGCGAGACGAAGGUUUACAACUCUGACCGAUUCGUUCGUCCUACAUAUGCGUACACGCCCGCAAAGGCCAUGAAUUAAGGGGGUGUGGUGAAUUGUGAAUUGUUUGGUGUUGACGAGUCAGAAUAGAUAUGAGCUGUCGGUUCUGGCGAAGAAUAGAUGAAGGGAAUACAAUUGCGUGAGCGGAGGUCGAAGACGAUUAUCGGAGUUUUCCGGCGAAGUUGAAGGCUCGAGAAACAAUGUACACUGUAGAUAUACCGUCUGGAAAAAGGCAGACUAGUUUCACAACAAUUUUUUCGUUUUUCUCUCCAUUAUCAUGAUUCCGUGCUUUUAUAAACCUACAUAUAAGCUGAGACAUAAUCUUCAUAUAUAGGAGUAGAUAAGUUCAUC